AUGCAUCAACAUAAGAGAAAUGCAAAGUUCGUACUGGGGACUAUAGUAGUAUUAGUCUUCAUAUUCACCAUAUAUAGAUCUGGGAGAUCUAGUACUGCUCCUAUUACGGUUAUGGACAUGAAGUUGGAACAAGAGGCCUUUUCUACGGAUGACGAAACGUCUGAAAACCCUUCUUUGACUUCCCCCGUUUCAAGUCAAGAUGCUUUAGAAGAAGAGGAGCUUCGAGUUAAACAGGAAAUUAUCAAUGAAAGAAAAAAAUCAAAAUAUGAUAAGUUUGGAUAUGAUACUGUUCAAGGAUCCAUGGUGGCUUCAUUCGCUAAUUUUGGUUAUAGACCAAAUGCUGUCCUCAUACAAUUCAUUUCUAAUGCUGAUUUAAAUGACGUUAUCGCAAGUUUAAAAUCCGUCGAAAAUAAAUUUAAUAAAUGGUACAAUUAUCCAUGGUUAUUUGUAAGUGUAACAGGUGAAGAAUUUGAUGAUUUAGAAUUUAUGGAAGAGGUUAAAUCGAUCACUAAUGAUAACAUCAGUUUUGAAAUUGUUAAUGAUGAUUGGUUUUGGAGUUACCCAGAUUGGAUCGAUAUGAAUAAAAUUUCUGAUUCUAGAGUUAAAUUAAGCGAGUUCCCCAAUGGUGAUUCCAAUUGGUUUAGACAUUAUUCUCGUUAUUUUACAGGGUUUUUCUAUCAGGAACCUUACAUGAGAGGUUAUGAUUGGUAUUGGAAAAUUGAGCCAGGUAUGGAAUUAUUAUGUGAUUUAGACAUUGAUUUAUUCAGAUGGAUGCAAGAUAAUGAAGUUGCAUUCAGUUUUAUUGCAUCUUUCAAAGAAAGUAAAGAGCUGGUAGAAAAUCUUGGACAAACUGUAAAAAAAUUCGUUGAAAAAUUUCCAGAUUAUGUUGAUAGUAAUAAUUUCAUUAAAUUUUUAUGUAAUGACAAUGAUUGUAAUAACUUCAAUCUUUGUCAAUUUGAUGAAAACUUUCAAAUUGCUAAUUUAAAUUUUUUCAGAUCAAAAACUUUUGAGGAAUUUUUCAGAUUUUUAGAUGUUAAUGGUGGUAUCUAUUAUAAUAGAUGGUCAACCGGUGCUAUUCAAACUGUAGCUGCAUCAUUAUUUUUACCAAAGAAACAAAUAAAGUUUUUUGAUUAUAUGGGUUACGCUGAAAAAGAUUCUAAAUUCUAUAACUGUCCAACUGAUAAUGAUCUUUGGAAAAAUUAUAAUUGUGAUUGUGAUCCAGGACUAGAUUUUACAUUCCAUAAGGAUUCAUGCACUGCCAAAUAUUAUGAUAUCAUGGACAUUAAAAAACCUGAUAACUGGGAUAAGCAUUAG